UUAGAUUUGGUAAAUACAAAAAAAGAAAAAAAUCUACUAAAAAUGAGAAACAUUCAUUCGUUUCGCACACGCUUUUACAUAAAUAUUCUGUCUUUUUGAGUCUUACCUCGUUUCCUUGGUUGUUGGUAUCACAGAACAUAGUUUUUCAGAUCAACCUCUUCUUCUUUUCCUUUGUUGACAUUAAUUUUUCUUUUUCGAUACUUUUCAGAAACAGCAACAACAACAAAAAUACUCAAUCUCUGUCGUGUUUUUUUUGCCAAAAUAAUAUGAGAAAGUGGAAAUUCAGUCUCUUUCUAUGGCUUGCAUCGUUUUGUUUUUUGUCACAGUGUUUUGGUUUGUGUUGUUCUUUGAAUGAUGAAGGUAAAGCACUUUUGAAGUUCAAGGAGGGAAUUUUCAGUGACCCUUUUGAUGCUUUGUCAAAUUGGGUUGAUGAUGAAGUUGGAGUUGAUCCUUGUAAUUGGUUUGGAGUUGAGUGUUUAGAUGGAAGAGUGGUUGUAUUGAAUUUGAAAAACCUUUGUCUUGAAGGAAAUCUAGCACAUGAGCUCGGAAGCCUUGUUCACAUAAAGUCCAUAGUUCUGCGGAAUAAUUCUUUUUAUGGGAUCAUUCCUGAAGGAAUUGUACGAUUGAAGGAAUUGGAGGUUUUGGAUUUAGGCUACAACAAUUUCAGUGGACCUCUACCUAAAGAUAUUGGGAGUAAUAUCUCACUAGCAAUCCUUUUGCUGGACAAUAAUGAUCUUCUUUGCGGUUUCUCUCAUGAAAUUAAUGAAUUGGUGUUGAUUUCUGAAUCUCAAGUAGAUGAAAAGCAGCUAAUUAGUGCAAGAAAAUUGCCAGGUUGUACAGGAAGAUCUACCAAAUGGCAUAAUCGUCGAAGUAAAAAAGGUCUUCGGAGGCUACUGCAAUCCGGUGCUCCUCGUGAAGAUCCUCGUAAUCGUGCAGCUAUUAUUCCUGAUACUCCAUCUCCAUCUCCAUCUCCUUCACCUUUCCCAUCUCCGUCUCCUUCACCUUCCCCGUCUUCCUCAGAAACACCACAAAUAGUGAAGAAGCCAGCUUCGCCAGAUCGAAAUGUUUCUGAUUCUCCUUCUCCCUUGCCUACACCAGGCUCUGUACCACAACUCAAAAGUAACUCAAACAAUCAUCACGUUGCUAUUGUGGGUGGAAUUGUGGGUGGUGCGGCAUUUAUUCUCAUUUUAAGCAUUGUCAUAUAUCUCUUUAAAACCAACAAGGUAGCCACCGUUAAACCAUGGGCUACAGGAUUAAGUGGACAGCUUCAGAAGGCAUUUGUGACAGGUGUGCCAAAGCUAAAGAGAUCAGAGCUUGAAGCAGCAUGCGAAGAUUUUAGUAAUGUAAUUGGCACUUCACCCAUUGGUAAUAUAUACAAAGGGACUCUAUCUAGCGGUGUUGAAAUAGCCGUGGCCUCUGUUACAGUGACAUCAUUGAAAGAUUGGUCAAAGACUUCAGAAGUCCAAUUCCGUAAGAAGAUAGAUACAUUAUCAAAGAUGAACCACAAGAAUUUCGUAAAUCUUCUUGGAUUUUGUGAAGAAGACGAGCCUUUCACCAGAAUGGUGGUUUUUGAAUAUGCCCCAAAUGGAACACUCUUUGAACAUUUACAUGUAAAAGAAGCUGAGCAUUUAGAUUGGGCAACAAGACUUAGAGUUGCAAUUGGCACAGCUUACUGCCUGCAACAUAUGCACCAGUUGGACCCUCCUUUCGCACAUAGCGACCUAAAUACUUCAUCUGUCCAACUCACUGACGACUACGCUGCCAAAAUCUCAGACUUGAGUUUCUUGAAUGAAAUAGCUUCAGCCGAUAUAAAAGCUGCUGCUAAGAAACACACUGACGCGACAUUAGCAAGUAACAUUUACAGUUUCGGCAUUAUAUUACUCGAAAUUGUAACAGGCCGUGUUCCUUAUUCGAUGGGUAAAGAUGACUCACUUGAAGAGUGGGCUUCACGCUAUUUACAAGGGGACCAGCCUCUCAAAGAAAUAGUGGAUCCAACACUAGCAUCUUUCCAAGAAGAACAGCUAGUACAAAUCGGUGCGUUGAUUAAGUCUUGUGUCAAUGCUGAUCAAGAGCAAAGACCAACAAUGAAACAAAUUUGUGAGAGAUUAAGAGAGAUAACAAAAAUAAGUCCUGAAGUAGCUGUUCCUAAACUUUCGCCACUUUGGUGGGCAGAACUUGAGAUUGCUUCCUUUGACGCCAGCUAAAAUCGCAAAACGAGAUUGUAAGUAUUGAGUUCGUAUCGUUCUCAUCCUUUUAUUUUUCCGUCGGUGAUGGCGCUAAAAAGGUACUCGCCUGUAAGCUGAUACCUCUUGUAUCUAUUGUAGGGGAGUGACAAAUCACAUGUACAUAAUAAGGGAGAUAAAAAGAACCAUUUUUUUGUGUGCUUCGUUUGAUUAUGCUCUAUGAAAUUGCACCAACAAAAGGUGUCAUACCAUAUAUUAGUUAAUUUCAUUUGUUCAGUCAGUUAUUUGGUUGGUUAAAAAUAUUUUUUUGAUUA